UGCCUCACCACGCAGCGAAGAGGGAGAGUGUGUUAGAGCGAGGCAGCACGCGGACAAGUACGGAACGAGAGCGGGAGAGACAGAACGAGAAGAACGGUGUCACGGUAGGUGAUGCGAAGCAGGACUGGGGAUUCCUCCAAACCUCCAGGACCAAAGGAAAAAUAAAACGGAAGUCAGACGAUACUUGGAUUUUUUUUUUUUUUUGCUUUUAAUUCCUUUUUUGUGAGCACUUGAAAUGUGUGAAGCAACAAACGGAGAGGCUUUGUACAUUUGUAAAAAGAAAAGAAGCAAAGAAUGACAGAAGACGAUACUGCAAAGGGCAGAAAAGGGCACAACUAACAAAGGACUCCGUCAGGUUUCAGUUUAAGCCAGUCUCGUAGAGCGAAGAACAUGCUGACCGCAACGUCAAAAGCUCCCGCACUCGACGCACUGACCACUCGCUUGGAGGUAUCCCCUCUUGACGGAUUACCCUGAGGAUCGCGCACAGGCAGCUUGAGGCACAUACCCGACUUCUGCUUGGAGUAUUCGUCGUGUUUUGUUGUUGACGCUUAUUCAAAUGGGAACCGUGUCACUCCUGAGCUGAAUCUUCCUCCAGUCUAGCUUCCCUCAACGCCCGCCCCAAUGUGACAAUGCUGGCGAAGCCCCAGGAAAAAAGCCAAAGCACUGCUUCCCACAGCCUGGCCAUCCACAGCAGCAUGUCCCAGAGCGAUGCAGCGAGUCCGUGGCAGACCAAUCGCACCACCACGGAACAAAACUGCAGCGUUUCGGACUUUAAAUGGGAGGACCUCCACUGGGCCUCGCUGCUCAUCAUCAUAGUCAUCAUCCCCACCAUCGGAGGCAACAUCCUGGUCAUCCUGGCCGUCUCGCUGGAGCGCAAGCUCCAGAACGCCACCAACUACUUCCUCAUGUCGCUUGCUGUGGCGGACCUGCUGGUGGGUCUGCUGGUGAUGCCCAUUGCACUGGUGACCGUGCUCUUCAACGCAGAGUGGCCCCUACCCGACUUCCUGUGCCCCAUCUGGCUCUUCCUGGACGUCUUGUUCUCCACAGCCUCCAUCAUGCACCUGUGUGCCAUCUCUCUUGACCGCUACAUAGCCAUCAAGAAACCUAUUCAGCACAGCCAGUACAAAUCCCGAGCCAAAGCGAUGGCCAAAAUUGCACUGGUCUGGUUGAUUUCUAUAGGUAUCGCCAUACCCAUACCCAUCAAAGGACUAAAAAGCUCUGAUCAUCCCAACAAUGUAACUUUCAAAUGCAACCACACCUGCUUGCUGACACCAGAGAGCUUUGGAGAAUUUAAAGUAUUUGGCUCUCUGGCUGCCUUCUUCAUUCCCCUCAUGAUAAUGAUGAUCAUCUACUUGCUGACAAUCCAAGUGCUGCGCAAGAAAGCCUAUCUCCUCAGGUCGAGGGUCUCUCAGCGCUUUAACAGACCCACCGUAUCUACAGUCUUCCAAAGAGAGCAGCCGGUUCCUUCUCCGCCGGAGAAACUCACCAUGCUGGACGGAAUUAAAAGGGACCAAAUAUUGAACUCUAGGAACCCCACCACGGGUGAUGAGGUCCCGAUUCGGAGAAUGUCCACCAUAGGAAAGAGAUCCAUGCAAAACCUGAGCAACGAACAGCGGGCAUCGAAGGUCCUCGGGAUUGUAUUCAUGUUGUUUGUGGUCAUGUGGUGUCCAUUCUUCAUUACCAAUGUUACCUCGGUGCUCUGCCAGAGUUGUGACAUCGAUCUAGUGGAGAGGCUUUUGGACAUCUUUGUAUGGGUGGGUUACAUCUCAUCAGGGGUCAACCCUCUUGUCUAUACGCUUUUCAACAAGACUUUCCGGGAGGCUUUUACACGCUACAUCAUGUGUAACUUUGGCAGUAAGAAAGCUCCCAAAAUUCAAUGUAGGAACUUAAACAGAAUCUCUUUCCAGUCUUCUAUGGCAGAGAAUUCCAAAAUGUUUAUGAAGAAUGGGAUGAAGAACGGCAUUAGCCCUGUAAGCUACCAGAGUCCCUUGCGGCGCCGGCCAACACACCUACAGCCUUCACCUAGCGUCAUGCUGGAUACCCUUCUUCUUACGGAGAACGAAGAUUGCAAACCUGACGAGAGCGUCAGCUACGUAUAACAAAAAUAUCAGAGAGAAAGUUGUGCCACCUUAUAAGGUCAACCAGAGCAAUGAAGGUAACAUGAGGAUCAUGGGGUUUUGGCAGGGUAACGGCAGAUGGAAUAACCCAUAUUUAUGGCCUUGAAGUGAAUUUUAUAUGGGUCCAUAAGCCAUGGAAAUUAAAACAAGGCAAAGGAAACCAAUGACAUCAACCUGGAAUGGAAAGAAUGAAUGACAGGACUGUGCAUCGUCAAAACUGACCAACUGAAUGGCCUAUGUAUGUUAUUCACAUCACUGCUGGUCAACAGGGUCUGCUAUAAGUAGCUUAAAACUGAGGGCCUUCUUAUGCAUGAUGAAGGCACUACAAAAUCUAAACCUAUACCUUCGCUAAGAGAAAGAUGAACCAUUCUAUUGAAGUGUACAGAGGAACAUCAAAGGAGCAUUUCUGAGUGUAUUUAAGAGUAUUUGUGCUUCAUCGUAACUCGCCUUCUCAAAUGUUAUAAAUAUGCAAAGCUAUUUGUAGAUAACUGAGAUGAGAUGUCCACACAAACUCUUCUUGUCAAAUAAAACGUUUCAGAUCAA